AUGUGCAUCCCGGCGCAUGAUAUCUGUGUGGGCUACCCGUCUUUCUUUUACGCAAGAAGUAGAGGAUCGGGCCGGACGCCGCUAGACUGGGACCACCGGAUGAGAAUCGCACUAAGUGCCGCCAGAGGAGUGGCAUACCUCCACGUCGCCGGAAAAGUCGUGCACGGCAACAUCAAAGCAUCAAACAUCCUCCUCCGGCAAGAAACCAACCGCGACGCGUCCGUUUCCGAUUUCGGUCUCAACACGCUGUUCGGGGGGUCAAGCUCCCCGAACACACGUGUCACAGGGUACCGAGCACCAGAGGUGCUCGAGACCCGAAAAGUCACAUUCAAAUCGGAUGUGUAUAGCUUCGGGGUACUCUUAUUGGAGCUUUUAACAGGAAAAGCUCCAAACCAAGCGUCAUUGGGUGAAGAAGGGAUUGAUUUGCCACGGUGGGUACAAUCGGUGGUGCGUGAGGAAUGGACUGCUGAGGUUUUUGAUGUGGAAUUAAUGAGGUAUCAAAAUAUUGAAGAGGAAAUGGUUCAAUUGUUGCAAAUAGCAAUGGCGUGUGUAUCGACUGUGCCAGAUCAGCGACCUGCGAUGCAGGAGGUUGUUAGGAUGAUGGAGGAUAUGAAUCGCGGGGAAACGGAUGACGGGUUGAGACAGUCAUCUGAUGACCCGUCUAAAGGGUCGGAUGUGCAUACGCCGCCCACCGAGACCCGAAACUCGCCAAAUACUGUCACACCGUGA